AUGGUUGCUGUAAACGCCAUGCCAUCUACGUUACGGAAGCGCUUUCGACAAGCCCUGAUGGCGUACCACUACCUCCGGGGCCUUGUCGACGAUUUCCCUGAGUCUCUAAAUGGCUGGCCGUCAGGAGCUUUAAACGGAUGCCCAUGCUGUGGCGAUGCGGUCUGCAAUCAAGGUCCGAGGUCUGAAGCUGUGGAGGCAGACGACGGUGCUGCGGGCGGGUCGGGUGGAGAGCAGCUGGCGCCGCCGGGGACCGAUGCCAGCGGCCACCUUCGCACAGCCGAUGGUGCGGGGGCAGCAGCUGUGGAGGCAGUCGAGGAGGCAUGGGGCCUUAACCUGACUGGCGGAGUUGAGGAUGCUGGACAGGGACCUCAGCUUCUUCACUCAGUGCACUCCGAUGCAAACUUCAAAAUAAACCUCCUGGGCCAUCGGUACGGCAAGUCGUACCCCCAGCUGCCCCGGCGACGCUUCUUCGUGGAGAACAAGAGGGUAUUAGGCGUUCUGGAAGACGCUAAGGCAUCACAGCCUAUCGACGCAACUACCUGCUCGAAGUUUGACGCGGACAAGGUUCUUGCAGGAGAAUCGAAAAGGGUAAGGGACAGUGGUGAACGCCACGCGUACUGCACUUGCACAUUGCAGUCCUUGCUGUACGCCCAAACCGCUAUCCAGUUCAUGUGGUAUGAUAUUGGCUGCCGCUGGGGCCAUUCGUACACAAAGUGGCUGGGGGGUCAGGAGGAUCAAAGCGUGAAGGAGCGCGGCAUGAACAUGAUGUGCCUUAUCCCGCCAUGGCACAAAUACGCGCACAGCUAUUCGUGCCAGAAGGCUUUUGGGCAUGUGAGAAUGGAAGGGGUGGACCGUGGCACCGGGGAGCCAGCGGAGGUCUGGAACAGUGUAGUGGGUGCGCUCGGUAGUGUCACCCAGUACAUGAAGCCAGAUAACCGUGCCGAUUCGACGUCUAUCCGUCAGCGGCCUGCGCUGAUCCGCUCCCUUCAGGUGCAACUCGAGGAGGUGGAGAUGGAGCACAACAUUGCACCCGCCGACUGGGUGCAGGGGUCGCAAUCCUUUGUGUCGGCCCUGACCAAGCUGGCCAAGACGGAGCAGUGCGGGGGAGGAUCUACGAUCGAUCCAUGUUGCCGAGCGGCGUUCACGUCAGCUGUUGCAGCCGCUCUCAAGGAGCUUCAAAGCAAUAAAGCAUCACCAGCCAAUGAUUUGGGCCAGCGUGCCUACGAAAAGCUGCAAUAUGACCUCCCGCUCAUUUCGCUGGAGGAGCUUGAGGGGCUUACGGAAACCCUAAGGCUGCAUGAACUCAUUGCCGGAAAUUACGCGUUGUCCGAGAUUCAGCAAUGGACUAUGGGCGCGGCGUCAUCGCAGCAGCCAUCGCAGUCUCCGCAGGGGGCCAGCGGUCCCAUCGCGGCGCCAUCCCCAGGAGUUUCGUGGCCGCACGAUGACGAGUUUCAAUUGCUGCUCAAGCUAGCAGAGGCUGCUAGCGGCAGCCGCAGCUGCCGCGUCCCUUCGCCGGUUCCCCCGCAGCGGCUGGAAAGCGCUUUCCAGUCCACGCAGACGCAACCAGAUGAAGGCAGCGGUCGCUCCGGCGUCAGCGUGCCCGACAAUGUGGGGUUAUCGAGCCUGCGGAGUCGGCUUUCCGCGUGGCAAUCCCAGUGGGCCCCACUAAACAGCACUGCAGCUGCGUCGGGCGUUGCUCCGGCUGGCGCUGGGAUAGGCAACGGCAGCGGCUCCCUGAGAGAGGUGCUCGAGCAGCUUCUGGCGCAGCACCAGGAGACCGUGCAGCAGGCGCAUGUGCGCUUCAUCCCUGAUACGCAGCAACCUGGGCCCCUCGCCUCCCACGGCAGCGGCACCAGCAGCGUAUCUCUAUCUCAUGCCUUUGGCGAGGAGCUUGGAGGCGGCAAUAGCAAGGAAGAGCAACCCGGACGGAUGUCCGGACGCCAGACUGUAUCCACGUUAGGCAGCUCACGCUACCAGCCUUCCGAUGCCACCGGGGAUCACCGCAGCUCGCCCAGGACCGCGAGGGGGGAGCUGGAAGGCGAGUACCUAGCCCAGUUGCUUCAGCGCGCACAGUUCGAGACGGAAGCAGAGGUCCUUGGCGUGAGCCCACAAUCGGGUUCCAGUACCAGCAGGGCUGGCCCAGACGCGGCUGCUGUCUUGGCCCGGCUAGCAGAGCAGGAGCAGGCCACACAGGGUCCCGGUUCCCGAGGCAGGGCGAGACCAGAUGCAGUGGGCUUGGCGGCGGGCGGCAAGCCUUCAGUUGCCGUGGACGACUGGGCCCACCAACCCGUGCCGAGUUCAAGGGCAGCAGCCGCAGGGGCUGGUGACGGGGACACCAUACGCCGCGGCGGUGGCGGUGUUGCUGCUGGCGGAGCUGCUAUUCGCAACAUUCAUGUUGGCGUUGCUGAUGCUGGUCGCGAUAGCAACACACCGCCGUCUCCAACCCAAGUUCUUUGGCCACCUGCGCCAGCAUCCUCGUCAUUACGUGACAUGCGUAAUAUGAAUGCGGCAUUGCUGCGGCAGCUGGCCGAGAGUACCCGGCUACAGAUGCAGAUGCAGAAGGCGCUGGAUGCCGCAAUGGAGCAGCUCAUCGCCUUCCAUGCCAAGGAACAGCAGCAGCGCCGUGAGAUGAACAGCUGCCAAGGCUCGCCAGGCCGCCAGCCUAAGUCGCAGCUUGCGGUGCUUCAGGGCCCCACGUCUCCACGCUCGGCCUCCCCGCCGCGCCAAGCAUCGCCACUGCUGCGGCAGUCCUCCCCACUGCCGCAGCACCAAGCAUCACCUACUCAUCAGCGUGGUACAGCUCGGAGUGGUGGAGCUCUAGCCGAGCCCGCAGCGCCCGCCUUGCUGUCUGGCGCCGUCUCCUCCCCGCUGCGCCGAGGUGAGCACAAGAACGGGGGGGAGCAACAACACGCACGCAGAGCCGCCUCACCGGCACCCGGUGGUGCUGUACAACAUUAUACGGACAUGUCCCGCCGCAUGGGUGUGACUUCGAGGUCCAAGGGCAGGACGGCGGAGGCGGCACGGCCAUCUGCCUCGGCGUUUGCUGAGAAUGGCGGCGUUGCGGCGGGCGACCGCGAUGGGGCUUUAGCAAAUGGUGCGGGCGGCGCAGGUGCAGUCAUUGGCACCGGCGCGCCCACGGGUGACGACGCCUCAACUGCUGCGGCCUUGCGGGCCCUGCUGCACCAGCACCACUUGCGGUGGCGGGCCAAGAAAGCCAAGCUCAAGGAGCAGGCGCAGGCAUGGCAGUAUACGGCCUGGCGGUACACGACCGCGUGGAAGAAGGCGCGACUACUGGUGCGACUGCAGGCUAUGGUUGCGGCUCAGGAGGGUGCUGCAGCUGGGGCAGGGUCCGCCAUGCACGACGAUUUGCCGAGCUACCAACACAACGGCCCACUGCCACAACAGGGUAGUCCUGUGCCACGAGAUUUUCGACCACUAGCGGCUGAGCCCGUAUCACAUCCUCCUGCCGGUGUAUCCGGACGGCAGGUCGAACAUGGGCACAGUGAGGUUCGCAAGCUCAGUGAGCCGGCCGUCCUAGCCGGGAUUGCAGCUGCACUGCAGCGUCGGGACCCCUCACCUGCAGUUGCUGCCGGACAGCGGCCCAGCGCCUACCCGACACACUGCCGGGUAGGCUUUGUGGGAGCUACUGCCUUCACAGGCAGAGCCGAUGAUUUGGCACCAAGCAUCAGGGGCCCAGGAAGCAAAGCGAUUAGCGCCAUGCGUGACGCGGCACGGAUGAGCCCACCAAGGUUGCGGCCCCCUCCACAUCGGAAGUGUGUGCCGGCAGCUGGGGGCGACGGGCUGCAGGAGGAUCAGGACGACAUGCUUCGAGCACCUGAUAAAUAUUGCGGUGACAAGGUCAUUGGCAUUAAAUCUCGCGUGAAGCACCCAACAUUAGACGGUGCGGCUGGUGGCCCUCCACCCGGGCCGACCCUGUGGAGUGACAUGGGGGUGGAUUCAGGGCGAGACCAGGCUUCUCGUGGCCACAGGACUGCUCGUCGGCCUGAUGGCGGCGACGCUACUGCACCAACGGAGCGCGUAGAGGUAGCAGCGCACUGGCCCGCGACGUUGCGUGCUGACGGAAGGUCUCGCAGCACCAGUCCCAUAGCCCGACCGCCCUGGAGGGACGCCGGCUGCACCAGUCCUACGGGCAUUAGAAUAAAUAGGUCCGGACUACCCCGUGACAUGACCGGCCAACUGGAAACGAUCUGGGUCUUCCUUGUUUCCCCCGGAGCCUACGCAACGCCCACUCCAGCCACCCCAACCUCCAGCAGUAGCAGCUCGUCAGGUGGCGCUACCGCAGUAGCAGCAACAGCACACGCGGACGCCUCUGCCCCCGGCGGAGACCGGGCGAUCCCGGGCCCGCCCGGACCUUCCUUACUGCCGCCGUACUCCUGGACGGCGCUGCGCGCGCGGCUGUUACGGCUGGCGGGGCAUGUAUCCUAUGCCUUGCUGGACGACCCGGAGCUGUGGCGCGACGGCACGCUCCUUCAGGGGGUGUUUCAGUUGCUGCAGGCGUUGGGCGCGCACCGGCAUUCCCUGGAGCUGCAGCCGCUGCUGCACGCCUAUGUGGGCCUUGUGGCGGACCGAAUUGCGGCGGAGCCGUCGGAGCUGGCCUCCCUGGACAACCUGUGGGACGCCGUCGGGCUGCAGUGCGUUGCUUCGCUGCCUCAAGUCGACCGACAACGACCUGUCGGGGCGGCUCGUCGAGGCCAGGGACUUCUGAUGGCUGAGGCCACCACCUGCCUGUCCCUCGUGGUGACGCUGGCGGGCCAACUAACAGCCGCCUCGGCCAAGCUGCGGCUCUGGCAGCAAGUCCACAAGCACAUGUUGCCCCUUCUGGAGCGUUGUCUAGGCGAGCUGGUGAGGACGAUGGGGCCAGGACCUGGGAAAAUCGCAACGGCAAAGGCACAGGUGCAGACGGAGGCGGCAGUGGUGAUACAGCAGCAGCAGCAGCAGCAGACGGCCAGGUUAACGGGGCCGGGUCCGGAGGAGGUGGCUGCCAUUGUGCUGGUGUGCCAGGUGCUAGACUUCUACGUUCAGCAGCGCCCCGGCAAUGCGGACCUGGCGGCGGCACUCAAGGGUACGGGCGUGUUGGCCUCCUUGGAGGUGUUCUUUGCGGCGGCGGGGGCCCUGCCGGAGACGGAGCCUCUCCGGUCCGCGGCGCUGUGCUGUGCGGCCAGCAGCCGGGAGCUGCACUGCUGGAUGCUGGCGGUGCCAGGGGUGGCCCAGGCGCUCGCAGGUCCAGACUUUCAGGAAGUGCGCCCUCAUGAGGCGCAUGGGGCGAUCUGGGAGAUGCUGGGGAGCGCCGGAUCCAGUCCUCUGGCCCUGAGCAUCCUUUCAGGCGGUGCGGCGCCAGAGAAGGCCUAUCGCAUGCAUGCACUGCUGCAGCUGCUAGCCAAGGCGGUAGCGUGCGGUGGUGGCCGCGGUGGCGCGUUGUGGGGCCUGGCUGUAGAGGCCGCGAUGCGGGAGCUGUUCGCGACACUGCGGCAGGAGCAGGCGGGCGGGGGUGCUGCGUCGUCGCCGGUGGCGGCGGUGGAGGUGUCGGGGAGGCCAUCGGGGGGGGGGGUCUCUGUCUGUUGGGUAUGGCCUGGCGAGCAGCCGCCGGCGGCUCCCACUCCCAGCUUCAGACCAUGUCCCCGGCUGAUGGAGCUACUAGCUGAGCGUAUGGAGCAGGACAAGGAGGAGAAGGAGCAGGGGGGCUGCUUCGACGUGCUGUGGGCGAUGCGGGAGGUGGCGGCAGAUGCGGGGGGGUUAGCCGCCCUGGAGCGAUGUGGUGCAUUGCAGGCCGCGUGCAGAGCGCUGAAGCGCCUUGUUGCUGCUGCUGCUGCUGCUGCUCAAGGCGACGGCGAGGGCGGGGGCGGCGGGGGCCCGGUUGGGGUAAGGGGCCCAUUACCUGAGCGGACUGGUGCUGGUGCUGGUGCCCCGGCAGGAAUGGAGGAAGCGGCGAAGAGGGGCUCCAAGCGGGCGGGCGUUACGGAGGGCGGAGCGGUGGUGGAGCUCGCGGCGGAGGGAGUACUGCUGGCAGAGUGUCUCGCGGCCUGCAGCUCCGUACAUUCCGCGGCGUUGCUGAUCUGUGACGGCCAGAAGGUGCCCAGCCAGUGGCCUAAUCCGGAGCAAAGCCGGGUUCCGGAGCGCCUCAUCAAGCUACUGCUGCUACUGCCACUCGACACGGCCGGAGAGGGGGCACAGCGCCAGUAUGUGGAGGGAGAGGGCAACGGGGCAAAGGAGCGGGACGACGGCUCGGCGGUGUCAGGGGGCGGCGGCGCCGCCACCGCUGCUGUCGCUGGGGGUGGACGUGGUGGUUGUGGUGCUGCUGCGCAAGGGGGCCCGGCGGCCGACGGGCAGAGGGCCAAUGCGCCAGUGGCGGCUUUGAAGCCGCCUAAGGGCAGCUGCUGCAGUGAGGACGGAGGGUAUUCGGCGACGUUUGAGCUUGAUGGUGGUGAUGGUGAUGUGGGAGCUAUUGGGGUAACAGAGGUGGAGGAGGCUGGCGAUGUGGGGAAGGAGGCUGGUGUGGCUGGCAGUCAGGAACAUGGGAGCGGCUGCGAGGGUGACGAGGGUGACGGCGGCGGCGGCGACACGGGAGCGGGUGCGGGAGGACAGGGGCAGGUGGAGGAUGUACGAGUCACGCAGGUGCGUAAGGCUCAGCGCCAGCUGCAGGACGCUCUGCUCCGGAGCCUGUACGGCAUUGCAUCCAGCGGUCAUUGCCAGAAGCCGGAGCAGGCGUCAACGGCGGUAGCCGGUACGACACCAAGGGCUUCGGUGACUGCGUGUCGGCCGCUGGACAUGGACUCGAGCAACAUAAUCGACAGCCGUGUGGAGCUGACGGGCAAGAAGCAGCUCAUGCAGGCGAUUGUGGCUGCUGGCUCUGCCUUGCUGCAGCAGCAGCAGCAGCAGCAGGGGGCAGAAGUAGAUACAGGACCUGCGGGUUCCGCUGUCGUCGCCACGGCAGCAGUGUUGGCCCCUACAGAACCACGGAAGGGCACACACGGCGGACAAAUGGAUCACGCACCGCCGCCUUCUGACGGCAGCGGCACUGUGGCAGAUUCGGGUUGCACACCGAUAGGCGCCCCGGACGGGUCGAGAGGUAGCGGGGGGUCUACUGGCGGCGGCGGCAGCCGUGUCGGGGGCAGCGCGGUCCACAUGCCUCCACGGGUGGCGACACGUCCGCCGCCGCUCGUGCUGCCCCUCUUGGACAUCGGGGGGGCGCCCCGCAGACCGCCGCCGCCGCCACUGGUUCGGGUGUCGACGGCGCCGACAGCAGUGCAGGUCCAGGAGCUGCAGACCUGCUGCAUGGGAGUGCUGGUGGCAGUGACGCUCAGCGCCGGCGGAUGCAAGGCCAUUUGUGGUCAGCCGGGGCUUAUGCCGUACAUCGCGUCACUACUGGAGCUGCCAGAUGUUGAUGACGGCGCGCCGCCCCCGCGCUCGACAGCUGCCGCUCUGAGUGGAAGUGGGCAGGAGCUAAGGCUGCAGCUGCUGGCUCUGCUGACCAACCUCAGCCUACAUGCCUCUAGCACCACCUCAAGGCCGCUGGCUGAGGGGCUGUACGGCACUGCGGAGAGGUCAGUACGACAGCUAUCGGAUAGCACCUCGAGCUGGAGGCUGGGGGUGCAACUGCUGGAGUCAUGUUUCAUCGUGAUGACCAACUUGCAUCGGGCCCGUGUGGAGCUCGGCCUGCCGCCGGAUCCGACCACUGCAUGCAUGCUUGACUCCGCCAUCACGGUGUACGAGGGUGUGGGACGAACACUUGCCCGGCCGCAAAAAUUGCGUUCUCGCGGCGGCAGCUGCGGCGGCGCCGCUGCCAAGGGUACGGCGGCCCGGGGGGCUGCCGCUGAAGAGGAGAAGGCGGUGCUGUCGGAGCUCGUUUGGCUGCUGGCCGCCAGGGGGGGUUGUUGCGGUGGCGGCGGCACCGCUGCUGUUGUGGCGGUGGCAGCGGAGCGUGCCGCUGUCGAUGCUGCCAGUGCACUGUGGCAGCUGAUGGCCAGCGGCACGGUGCAUCCGGAGGUAUUGUUUUGUGAUCUGGAGGCGCACCUGGUGUCGGUUCUUGGGAGCCCCAAGGCGGCGGCGGGGGACUCAGAGCGCCCGGCGGUGCUGCACCUGGCAGUGCUCGGACUAGUGUCAUGCCUGGCACGCUGUACGGCAGUCGCGCGGCGGCUGUGGACAUCACCGCUGCUGCCGGCGGUGAUGAAGGCGCACGGUCUGGCGCGGCGGCGCUGUGCUGACGGUGGCACGGAGGCGUGGACGCCUGUGGUGGAGUGCGUGCGGGGUGUAUGCCAGACGUUGUGUCGUGCGUGCCACACUGUGGAUCGUGGUUUUGUAGUGGGGCCGGACAAGCGGGUGGAUAAGUGGGGCCUUACGGAGCGGUUGUUGGUUGAGGUCAGAUGCACGUUGCAGUACGAUGAACAUGAAGACACGAUUAUGCUCGUAGCCAAGAAGGAGGAGGAGGUGGCUGGGGCUGGAGGCCGACUGGCUGAGUACGACGAUUAG